AUGACAUCAAAAAUAUUGUUUACUUUUAUAAUAUUUUUUUUAUUUAUUUCUAAUUAUCAAGUUAAUGGAGUUGGUGAAGAAUUUACACCACAUUGUGAAGUUGGAAAUAAUUUAUAUACACCUGAAACAUUACAACAUGUUCCCUGGUUUAAUAUUAAUUUAGAUCUUCCACCUAAUGAAAGAUAUAAAAUUGUUGCUGGAGCUUUAGGUAAAGAAAUGAGAGAUGUUAUAGCAACAUUAAAAGAAAUGAUUGGUAUUCUUGGACCAUUACCUAUGGAAAUAUUAGAAAAUGUUAUGCAAAAUGCUUAUGAAAAUCAUUUUCCUCUUACAUAUAGAGAAGAAAUUGAAGGUAUAUCACAGGCUAGUGGAGUUCCUAUUGCUGAUAUGGCAUUAAUGAAUAUUUUUUAUGAAUUAUCAAGAUUUUGUACUUCUAUUAUUGCUGAUAAUAAUAAUAAUGAAAUAUUUCAUGCUAGAAAUCUUGACUUUGGUCAAUUAUUUAUUUGGAAUAUAUCAUCUCAAUCUUAUCAACUUACAGAUACUUUAAAAAAAGCAUCAGUUAAUUUAAAUUUUAUAAAAAAUGGCAAACUUUUAUUUAAGGGUACUACAUUUGCAGGACAUGUUGGUUUUAUAAGUUCUAUGAAACCUGGUGCAUUUUCAUUAACUAUGAAUUCUAGACUUGUUCCUGAUAUAAGUAAUGUUGUUACAUGGUUAAUGGGUGGUGAAACUGAUGUUCAUUUUGCAAUGUGGAUUGAACGUGAAGUUAUGGAAACAUGUAAUACAUAUGAUGAAGCAAUUGCCAAAUUAUCUUCUGUUCCACAAUUAACAGGUGUCUAUUUUAUUGUUGGUGGAUCACAACCAGGAAUUGGUAGUGUUUUAGUUAAAAAUGAUAGUUGGGUUGAUGCAACAGUUCAAUUAAAUGAAUCUAAUAAUGAUGGUUGGUAUAUUCUUCAAACAAAUUAUGAUCCAGAUAAGAAACCUUUAUAUUUAGAUGAUAGAAGAACACCAGGACAUAAUUGUAUGAAAAAACUUGGUAAAAGUAGUGUAAGUAUGAGAGGUAUUUUUGAAGUUUUAUCAUCAAGACCAACAUUAAAUAAAACAACAGUUCAUUCAACUUUAAUGUCAAUAACUACAGGAGAAUAUGUUUCAUAUAUAAGAUAUUGUCCUAAUCCUUGUUGGGCAUUUUAA